GUAUGGCUAUACAUUAGGCUGAGAGGGCGGAGGAUUACUGAGAGACAGAGGGAACAAAGAUUUAUGAGACCUGUAUGAUGUUUUUUCUUUUAUAUUUGAUAUUAUUAACAAUUCAUCAAAUGCUUCGAGCGUUUUUCAUUUUCAUAAAAGAAAGUACGUUGGUUUUUUUUUCGCUUUUAUUUUGAUAAGUUUUCCGCGAACAUUUGCAUUUGUAACUUGCGCAUGAUCGUCCUUGUUGAAAGGUAAGUGUUUACGUCUACUGGCGGAAUGUGAAUGGCAGGUUCUACAUACUUCACCUGUCAUUCUACACGUGUGUCAGGUAAUCACCGCCUAUUGCCGUGUACAGGUAGACAAAACACACCUGGUACACCAUAUAAGUGGUCACUUCAGCUUACCGGACAUUGGUUUGUUACAACGAUCUGAUAGAUAUCGGCAACACAGAACUGUCAUCAUGUUAGAUUGUAUGUGGGUGUUUGUGUAACUGAUGGAUAACUUCUGGAAAUAGAAGCGUUUAACAAAGCGUCUAUCAGGCAGAAAACUAUCGGACUUGUGUAACUAUGAUCCGAAUGUCAGUAAUUCCGGACGGAUGUUCCGAGUUGGACUCCAACAUUAAACACCGAGUUGUCACUAAGCAAGGGACAUUUCGGGUCAAAUUGGACAGCGGAAACUCCAUUAUUAUUUCACAUUAUUUGAAGGACGCUCUUACAACUCUAGUGGAUGCAAAAUGGCGCUGGUCAUUUCUGAUCUUCGUUAUGGGUUUUUUGUUAACGUGGUUGGUGUUUGCCCUGUUGUACUAUGGGUUCAGUAUCGCCCAUAACGAUCCCGAAAUCAUCAGUCUAGGCGAUGAUGCAGAUGAAACGCCAUGUAUUUCAAAUGUAUUUGACUUUACAAGUGCCUUCCUGUUUUCCAUAGAAACACAACACACCAUCGGGUACGGCUUCCGAGGUGUGACGUCAGAGUGUCCUCACGUCGUUUUGACGGUAUUUUUUCAGUUCAUUAUCGGGAUAGCCGUACACUGUUUGACGGCAGCUCUUGUGUUCACCAAAUUGCAAAGGUCAAAGCGUCGUGGGGAGACAGUCGUGUUUAGCCAUAAGGCUUGUAUUGGAGUUGUGGAUGGGCAAUGGCGACUUAUGAUUAGAGUCGGCGACUUCCGGCGCUCGCAACUCUUGGAGCCCAAGGCUACGGGCAUCAUGGUCCGACGCAGUGCGGACAAUGAAGGUAAGGAAUACCUUCAGCAAAAUUUUAUUGACUUUAAAUCUGAGGGCGGCGGCGAAAUUUUAACUUUACUUUGGCCCGCCGUCAUGUACCACACAAUCGACGUUAAUAGUCCGCUGUGGCCGCCGGAGAAACUGGACGAGUUUGGUGGAUUCUCUGAAUUAGUAGUGCUACUGGAAGGUGUUAUAGAAUCGACAAGCAUGACAGUGCAGGUGAGGACAUCCUACAUUCCCGAGGAGAUACACUUCGGAUACAAGUUCCAGACCAUCUGUCCCCAAGUACAGGAGAAUGAUAAGUAUCAAUGCAGUUAUUUCGAUUUCAACACGAUCCGUCCGAUCAAUCACCGCCGAAAAAUCAGUCAAUAUAAUCACCAGGGACACCGCAGACAGCCCCGACCCAUCAAAGAGUACAACUAACAAUAGGCGCCAGGGGGCGCAGAUAACCGACCGUCAUCACGUGUCAGAUACUUGUCAUGUUUGUAACAUAAACUUCGAUGACGACAUUAGAAGUGUUAACAUGAUGUGUGACUUUGCUGCGGUAUACAGAGUAAAGAUUAUGUGCUAUUUGAUUACUUUGUUUACUUUUAUGUUAUAGUUCAUUUCACAUUGGAUACUGAAACCACGGAUAUAUAUUACUUUAACAUGUGUGCCUACUCUUCCUUUGGGAUGUUAUACGAAUCCUACUGUUCCUCGCAGGAUUCAAACGAUAUACAUUUAUAAAAUUGGUGGGUUAGUAUUUAAUCUGUAUAAGGUACUGUUCUUUUCUUGUGUAUGCUAGAGUUUGUUUGUACUGGCGAUCUUACAGUGUCCUCGGUAAAAGCGUAUUAUAUAUUUAUAUAUAAAUAUUGAUAUUCUAUAUCAGGUAUACUGUCCUUUUCUUGUGUAACUAGAGUUUGUUUGUCGUGAUUUAACACUCUCAAUAAAACCAUCGAAAAACUU